GGCGCUGGCCAGCGAUGGCAGCGCUCGCGAGCCGGCGGCGUCGGCCGUGCUGUUCCAGUUCUCCGAGACGUCGCUGCUGACCCAGGAGCCGCUGCCGGUCUCCUCCCACGUUCGGCUGUACGACGGCACUGGGCAGAGCCUGGGAGAUGGCACCGUCCUCUCCUGCGACAAGGGCAUUCUGCUACAGAAGAAGGAGGUGAACGGCCUGGAGCCCGGGGUGCACUCCCUGAAGGUGCGCCGGAAGGGUCCGGAGAUUGUCCCGGAGGUUGUCUUCUCCGCCGCGGUGUCCUUGGACUACGACGCCCGCCUCGUUGCCCAGGUGAUGCUGGAGCGGGCCUUCCGAGCCGCCGGCGGCGAUCCGGAAGAGGAUCAUCGCGUGGUGGUGCGCCGGGCCGACGGCGAAGAGUGGAAGGACUUCAGGCCCAUCAACUACGACAAGAUGCUGGAUUGGCCCACAAUCGCCUUUCCCUGCCGCGCCUUCCUGAAGACCGACAAAAGAGCGGCCGACGACCCUAAAUUCGAAGACGUGCAAGUGAGCCUCCGUGAGACGUCGGCCGGGAUCUUCCUGCUGGGUGACCUGGAGCCAGGCGAUCGGGUUGAGCUCGGGAGCGACGGGCCACCGAGAGAACUCCUGCCUCUCGACCGUUGCUUCCGGGUGGUCCUGGACAUGGUGGUCCCACGCUGCCCUGCGAGUCUGGCGGAGAUGACGGUGCAGGUGGCAGGAAAUCUUCGAAGCACGCGCCCCUCGUUUUGCAGGAUCUCAAUGUUCGGCGAGGAGGAGCUGCGAGCACUCCCCGAAGCGGUUUGGCGGACGCCCCUGAUGGCCAGCAUCCUGGGCCCCGCCCCCGUUCAGCUGCGCAGAGAAGAUCUCGACGGCGCCACGGCAGAGCUGGUGCUGAUGGAGCACGCGGUGGGAACGCUGCUGAAGCAGGCAGAGGAGCGGACAAGCUGCAAGGAGCUGCGAGCAGAGCUGGGCCCGCUGUGCUUGGCCAAGCUCCAGGCGGGCCAGCGGCUGCUGUUAGAGUCGGACUUCACCAGCGAGGUGGUCUUCCAGGAAGCGCAGCUCGGGCACUUGAGAUUCUUCGAGCCGGCUGGCCAAGCGGUGCAGCUGUACCACCUGCGAAUGCAGGAGUUCCUGGCCGCAGAGGUGCCACGCGGAGCGCCGGCCUGGAGAGAAGCCUUCGCCGAAGCGCAGGAGCAGCCGAUGCUGCGAGGUGCCCUCCGCUUCUGUCUGAUGAUGCAGACGGCCCACGCGGCGGAGGCGGAGAUCGACCUUGCAAGAACAAAGCUGGUCGCCGCGGACGCAGAGGCUUUCCAAGGAGCCCUGCUUUGCACCGAGAAGCUGGCUCUCAACUUGGACGGAAGCCGCCUGGGCCCCGAGGGCGCCAGCAGCUUGUCCUCUGCGCUGCCCAAACGGCUCCGACAGCUGCGGCUGGACUUAUAUGAGAACAGCAUCGGCGACGAGGGUGCCAGCGCCCUGGCCGCAAAGCUCCCGCUCCAAGAGCUGUGGCUGGACCUGACCUCGAAUCAAAUCGGCCCGGGCCCUGGAGAGGAAAGGGCCCACAGCCGUGGCCUCGGAGCUCCGAGAGAGCGGAGGCUCGGAGCCGGAUUUCUGCUUCAGGUUGCCCCCAACAGCUGGACACCCAGGAACCUCGAAGAACCGUGA